CUUGCCUUUUGUACGGAGGGAACCAGAGAAACAAUCCACUCUCUCUGUUUGGAAAAAAAUACAUGCAAGAAAAGAGACUGGGAGAUUCCAGGUGCUUUUCCUCCAGUUAAAAGCCCUGAAAGGAGGUCCUCUCCUUGCCUGGAGACAGGAGAGCCACUGCCUCGUGAAGUUGAGCACCCUGCCUCUCACAUUCUCUCUCUCCCUCUCUCUUUUUGUUUCUCUCUCCCUCCUACUUUCCACCCUGUGAGAGUGCACAGAGAUUCAGAAGGUGCGUCUGAAAUCUACUUGUAUCAAGGCUGGAGACAGCACCACAAGGACUUUUUUUUUCCUGUACUGCGACAAGCACAUGGACUUAAUUUUCACCCCGAGACAGAAAUAAGUAUAAGAAGCAGACUGGCACCUGCCAUUGAGAAGCUGAACUUUCUCUAGAGUUGUACUCGUUCUUUCUUCGCGUAUGUAAACAAUAUUUGACUGCGACCGAGUGCCAAGACAUUCCCGAGACUUCCCUGUCUGCUGGGAUCCCAUCACAUCUUCUCAAGUUAUUUCUCCAGAGAUGACUGUCUGAAGAAGGGACGCAGAAAAGAAGCCACCUGACCUGCAGAAGCUACCUGCCUGAGUAAUCGAGGUGAAGCAGAAGGGUAAGUUUGAAAGCCUGUGACCACAGAGGACGGUGACGAUGCUGGCAGUGCUCUGUGUCCUGCUCACGUUGGGGAAUCAUGCCCUGGGUGGAGGUUAUGCCCCCAUGCCUCAGAUGAAAUAUGUGCAGCCCAUGAUGAAGGGGCCUGUUGGGCCACCCUUCAGAGAAGGCAAGGGCCAGUAUCUUGAGUUUCCACCCAUGAUGGACAUUAAAGGGGAGCCAGGUCCUCAAGGGAAACCAGGACCAAGGGGAAUACCUGGGCCUCCUGGAUCACCAGGGAAACCAGGUAUAGGAAAACCAGGUCUAAAUGGUCAAACAGGUCCUUCGGGGCCUCCAGGAUUCCCUGGGAUUGGAAAACCAGGAUUACCAGGUUUACCAGGAAAGAUAGGACCUAAAGGACCUCCAGGACUCAAUGGUGAGGUUGGGCCUCGUGGAGAGGUGGGUCCACGUGGAAUUCCAGGUCAGCCAGGACCACCUGGACCCGCAGGUCUGUCAUUGAAUGGUAAACCAGGGUUACCUGGGACUAGAGGCCCACCAGGAUCAAGAGGUGAUCCGGGGCCUGAAGGGGGACGUGGUAUUCCUGGUGAACAAGGACCUAAAGGGGAAAACGGCAAUGGAAAACCCGGUUCAACAGGUCCAAGGGGACCCAUUGGCCUUCAAGGACCUCCAGGACCUCCAGGUAUUCCUGGGUUGGGUAAACCAGGGAUUGGUGGACUUCCCGGGCCAGUAGGGCCAAAAGGAGAUAAAGGUGGUCCAGGAGUUCAAGGUGUCCCAGGGGAAUCUGGUCCCCCUGGACUACAAGGUCAGCCGGGGGCACCUGGUGUGGGAAAACCUGGACUUGAUGGUGCUCCAGGUAACCCAGGCCCAAUAGGUCCAAAGGGUGAUGUUGGGCCCAGAGGAACUCCUGGGUUUCCUGGUUCCCCUGGCUAUGGUAAACCAGGUCUUGUAGGACAAAAAGGAGACAGAGGUCCUGCUGGUUUACAAGGAGCCCCUGGUGACAAAGGAGAAACUGGGAUGGAUGGUCUACCAGGAGAUUCAGGGUCAACUGGACAGCCAGGGCUUCCAGGUCCACAAGGUCCUAUGGGUCUUCCAGGGAAACAUGGGAUGCCUGGUCUAAAGGGAGAGAAUGGCCCACAAGGGCCUCCAGGCUUGCCAGGACUUAGAGGAGAUCAAGGUCCCAGUGGACUCCCAGGAAAGCCUGGCUUCCCAGGGGAUAAGGGCCUUCCUGGUCUCAAUGGAGCCACAGGUAAACCUGGACCUAAAGGUGAACCGGGUCACAUCGGACUGCCAGGUAAUCCUGGCUUGAUUGGGGGACCAGGUCCAAAAGGUGAGAAUGGGUUGCCAGGACCCACUGGACCACGUGGCAAUUCAGGGAUUCCUGGACUACCAGGCCCCACUGGUCAUAUGGGACCUCAGGGCAUUCCAGGAUUGAAAGGUGAACAAGGUCUACCGGGCCCCCAAGGAAUUGGAAAGCCUGGAGACAAAGGUAUGCCUGGUCCACAAGGACCUCCGGGAAAACCUGGCCCUUCUGGCCUAAAUGGUAUGCAGGGCCCUCCGGGUCCACCUGGACCUCCUGGACCUCCUGGCCCGCCAAAUGGUGAUUUCAAUCAGUUAGCUGUUCGAGGACCAAAUAUUGUAGGAGAAUCUAUUCCAAAGCCUAAUGGUGAGAAACCCUAUUUUGGUCAGGCUGAGCUCUCUGCCUCCGUGGCUCCUGCUUUUACCGCUAUAUUGACAACACCAUUUCCACCAUCUGGAAUGCCGAUUAAAUUUGACAGAAUUCUGCACAAUGGGCAAAAUGCUUACAACCCUGCCACAGGCAUCUUCACAAGCCCACUUCCUGGAGUCUACUAUUUUGCUUAUCAUGUACAUGUAAAGGGAAGCAGCCUGUGGGUGGCACUGUACAAAAACAAUGUGCCGGCCACAUACACCUAUGAUGAAUACAAGAAGGGCUAUAUGGACCAGGCAUCAGGCAGUGCGGUUCUAGAGCUGAAAGAGAACGACCAAGUUUGGGUGCAAAUGCCCUCUGACCAAGCAAACGGGCUCUACUCCACUGAGUACAUCCAUUCUUCCUUCUCAGGGUUCCUCCUGUGUCCCACAUAACGUUCCGUCUCAAUGAAAAAUUGCUUGCUCAAGUGGCCUGCAGUUACAUCUGUGAUAACAGCGACUAGAUCACAAGAAAGACUUGCUGAAUGACGGAGAGGCUGAGUUCGAAGCAGAUUUCAUGCUGUGUCUCUGUUUUCACCCUCUCUUUCAAAUGUUUGAUUUGUACUUUCAAGUACAAACAUUGUCAUUUUCUGCCUAUAUGAUAAUUUUAUUAUAACUGUUGUGUUAUUUUUGUUGAUGUUGAUAUAAUGGUGUUAUUUUAUUGAUGUUGUUGUAGUUGUUCCUGUUUAUCACAAUCAGACUAUUAAGUACUUUGCAAUGCUUAGGUAACCGUUUGAAGACUUACCCAUGUGACUGCACACGUUGCCAAAUGUUCUGACUCCCACUGAGCUCAUCAUGUUGACUCUGGGGUUGUGUGUUCCCCUGGUUGCAGUCUAUUUUACCUGUAUCUUACCCUCAUAUAACACAGGCUACUUGAUUCAUGCCAUGUUUCACAUUUUAGAAUCCAGACAUUCUAUACAACAUUGUUAUUGUAUUUGUAUGUUUAAAUACAUCUAUAAUUUAAAGAAUAAUCCUCAGUUCCACAUUGUUUUUUUUUUCUUAUUAAUGCCAAACAGGUGAAUAUCUAUCUGUUUUAGUCAUUAGGUAUAUAUGUUUUAUUUGAUUUACUGUGUUGAGCAAAAAUGAUGUGCUAAUCUGUCUGUUUCUGCAACGACUACAUUGUGUUGGAGAGUGAUUAAGACAAAAAUUACUUGAUGAUUUACUUAUUUGAGUCAUUUGCUCAAAACAUGCCAGGUUUAAAUCAGUAGCAAUCCUGAAGGCCUCUAGAGGACUGCUGUACAACAUUGCCUGCAUUAACAAAACAAAUAUAACAAAUACAUUUCUGUGAAACUGAUUCCAUACACUCAGAAAAAAAGGUAAAAAAGCUGUCACUGGUGGUAACCUUUCAAAAGUUACAACUUUGUGCUUUAUUACAUACAUUUUAGUGCCUAAAUUGCACAUAUUAGUACCUUAAUGGUACAUAUUAGUCCUUUUAAAAAGGUGCCGCCCCAGUGAAAGCUUUGUACAUUUAUUUCUAAGAGUGUACUUAAAAAAAUCAUGAAAUCAAAGCUAAUACAUAGCGUACAGCUUCUCAUUAAAAUCUUACGAUAUCCUAGAGUACAUUGUUGAGUAAGGGACUACUAAUAGACUGAAAAUAUGAAAAUAUAAUUCAGAUUUUUUUUUUUUUAUAAGAAACCCAUUCUCCAACACAAAAUCCAAACUACUGCUUUGUAUACUCUAAACGUUUUACAUUCUCUGAUGCCUUUUUAAUUGUUGCUUUAACAAAGACACGUUUUCCUGCUUGUUUUUUACAUUCUUUUUAGACAUGUAAUUACACAGACAUGAUUGUCACAAACAUGAGUCGAUGCAUAUUCUAAUCUUUUACCUUUUGACAAAAAAAAUUACAUUAUUUGGAUACAUCACACUGUAAUAGCACUGCUCCAGUGCUGUUUAUACAAGUUUAAAAAUGUAAACAUUUUCAAACAAAGAAAUUGCACAUACUGAAGUGAGAGAAAAAUAGCAAAUGAGGCUUGGAGUCCCUCUUGAAAGAUAUUUUCUAAUUUCCGUUUGUUUGAACAGUACAUAGAAAGAUAAAACCUGAAUCAGUCUGAAGGAGUGUCAGUACUUAAAUGCACCAGAUUGCCCAUUCAAUACAUGGUUUCAUGACAUUUGUUGCAUGACAUGGUUCAGAUAAUUUACUUUUGAAUGAUGUUUUGGCACCAGAUCUUUCUUAUUUCAGCAUGUAUUUGAUGACCUUUUUGUUGUAUAUUAACACUGUGACCAAUAUUUUCUAUGAGUGUAUAUUGUUUGUGUGCAAUGGAUUGAAGAUUUAAGAAUUCGUUGUGCUGCAAUAUCUCAAAACUGCUUAGACUAUGUUGCUUCCUUUUAUCAUUCAAACUAGGGGGGAAAAGCCUUGAUUCUGUUCCAUGGGAUAUUUAUUCAUUAUCAAUCAAAUUAAAAGAAACAGCCAAUCCUAUUUGCACAAGAACUUGAUUAAGGCAUAUUUAUACAUUUUUGACAGUCCAGCAAGGAAUGUCUAACUACCGAAACCCUGAACGUACAAAUAACCUUAUAUUUAAUAGCAUCAAGGAGUUUGUAGUACACACUAUCAUUAUUUCUUUCUUUUAUGAUGUAUCUAUCAAUCUAUAGGACUUUUGUCGUAUUGCAUUCAAUUUAUGCAAUCCAUUUUGGGUAUUAAAUGCACUCUUUGAUUGAACAUAUUUUGUCAGCUCAUACAAAAUUUACAAGUACUUGACAGUACUGAUGCAACAUCAAUAAAGACUUUCUUUAACAA